CCGCCUUUUGUUUUACUAUCACAGGGAAACCGAGGGAACAAUUUCCUGUUGACACCGGAAUAUUUAGAAAGUGUUGGGAAGGAGGAAAGAAGAGCAGCCAGAGAGGAGGAUAGCAGCAGCAGCUGCAGCAUCUGGGGUGGCAGACUGAUGCCAUCCCCUCUCUUUGCCCCCAGCUGAGGAGUGCCCCUGUUGGAUGACUGGCAGAGGGAGGCCCUGCUUGGAUGUAUGGUCUCACACAGCACAAAGUUUGGGUGCAGCAGGGGUGACACACACUGGAGAUCAGGGUGACAGGAGGGCAGGGACUUGACUGAAUGUGAAAUCAGGUGCACCCAGAGAUCUGUGCCUGCUGCUGGAGGCAGGGAGAGCAUUGCAUGGGAAAGGAUGGCAAUGUCAGGCUCUCUCUCCUGCUGGAUAUGCUGCUGAGCCCUGUGCAGGAAUAGCAGACUGAUCGCACCCUCGGCCUCUCUUGCAGCCGUGGGGAAGAGAAAUGUGAUUGUCUGAAUCUCCAAUGCUGUUACCCUGUGCUGUCUGCUGAUGGCUGAAGCCUGGCUGGAGGAGGAGGAGGAGGAGCUGAGGGACAGUACUGGCAACAGGAGACACAGGAGGUCCAACCUGAACCAAGCUGCAGAACGCCCAGAAAGAAAUAAGCCAGAACAUCGGUUUCCUGGACAAGGACCCCUGUCAUCAAUAAGAGCCGUUAUUAAAAGAACUUCCAGGACUACUGCACAGAGCGAUCAGCAAAGAGAGCGAAGACGUCCUGAGAUCACCAUUGUUGCUGCUGAGCCUAUUGGUCCUGGAUCUUGGUUUCAUGGUGGUCCUCCAGGGGGCUUAGGGUUUCCUCCGCCACCUCCACCUCAGUGGAGACCCAGUGAGUCCCAUCCUGCCGAGCAGCCGCCGUCCUAUGAACAGGUCAUUAAAGAAAUCAACCAAGUGCAGGUAGUCACAAGCAGUUCUAAUGUGGAGCCCAGGCGGACAACAACAUGUGCAACGCAGACUGACUUUCACUUGGAAGAAGAUCGCACUGGGCCAGGCAAUAAUGUAAUUCAUCAGCCUGCUGUUUGUGAUCAAGCCACACUUACAGUGCAACGGACAACAGAGAGACCCCGCCAGCCGCUAGCUUUCGUGACGAGCAAUGUUCAGGACAGCAGUCUACAGAUAGCAGGCAGUAACACUGCUGGGACUAGUACCCGACACGAAGACUCAAAUGUCACAAGAUAUCCCGUUCCAAGGCCCAGGACAAAAUCCAAUCUUAAACCUGUAGGAAACAGUUAUCUAAGUGUUUAUCAAGGUAGCAGUGAAGUGUACUUCCAGCCUACAUCUGAGGGAGAACUUCCACCCAAUCAGACUUGUUCAAGUUUUGAUGAUCAUUUUCUGGAGGAACUAUUUGAAAUGAACAAUAUGAGCCAUGAAAGAAGCCAAAAUAGUAUUGUGUCAAGGAUUAAAGCUUUUGAGUCUCAAGUUGACGGUCCCGAGCAUCCUCGAAGACCAGAAAUUGCACCACGCUCUAUCAACACAAGGGGCGCUGUCAUUGGUAAGCCUGCAUUGGCUCCGAAACCCAUAUCUAACGUGACACCUGGAGAAUUGGACCCUGGGAAAGAUAACAAGCCAAAAUUUAUACCAAGGGAUGGACUACAGGAUACCGGUGGAACUAACAAACCAGACCUGCCAAAGAAACCAAAGCCAAGUCUCUUGAAAAACAGCAGCAGUAAUGAGUUCCCCGAUGUCCUUCUUGGGACUAGUUUGUCUGGAAACCAUAGUAAAGAUUCUGAAAGGAAGGUCCCAGUUCCUGCCCCAAGGCCUAUGGUACCCAGGAAAACAGUGCAGACUGAUCACCUUGCCUCAAUCCCAGCAGGAGCCAAACUCCUCAUCCCUGCUCCGAAAUUGUCUGUAGCUUCUAAAGCCAAAGUAUUUAACACAAUAGAAACACCUGCAGCCCGGGGCCUUGCCCCAGUAGUGCAGAGCAAAUCAAUGGGUGAAUUAGACUUGAUCAGCUUUGAUGAUGAUAUUAUAAAUCCUUCUAUGCCCACUCCAGAUGUACCUAAUGAUUCAAAGGCCAAUGCUGAUCCCUUCCAGCUGUUUUCCAAGGAUGAGGCUGAGAAGGAGCAGCCAGCUCCGCCUGCUCUGCUGAGAAAGCCUACAGUCAUCCGCAUCUCUGGGAAGCUAGGCAAAUCAUGCGAAGAGCUUCAGAUUCCUCCACCACUUCCAUCUGAAAAGCCAGUGGGGAGCCUGUACAAUAAGCCAAUGGCAAGAGCACGUCCUACAGCCAGAAAAGAAUGGGAGAAGUUUGACAGCACAGAAGAGACGUGGCCCAGGCCUGCACUACCUACAAGGCCAAUCGGUGUUAAAGUGAUUGAAACUCCACAGCCCCCUCCACAGAAAGGGCCGCCUGGAAGGCCUCCACCUCCUAAGAUUUCCAAAAAUGCCUCAAAUCGAGAUGGUUUACCCCGAUCAUCCUCUGAUGCCGGCCUGAGUGCAAAGCAGAACACAUCUGGGAUCAGUAGAUCAAAAAGUCAAGUGAUAAAAAGACAGCAACCAGAUCUACCUCCUCGACCUAAGCCUGGACACCCUCUUUAUAAUAAAUACACGUUGCCUCUGCCUCAUGGAAUUGCCGAAAAGGAUGUUGUUUCCAGUAAUCCUGAGGAGCUGUCGUUCAAGCGUGGAGAUGUACUGGUGCUACUGGAUCAAAAAGAUGAUAAAUCUAUCCACUGCCAAAAGGGAGGCGUAACGGGGGACGUUAAGGUGGCGAAUGUAAAGAUCAUAACUCCUCUAGAUGACAGCUUGGAAAGCAAUCAAAAAGACUUGCCCCAGAGAAUGGAGGACAGCCAUACACCUCAUGCAUUGGUGCUGCAUGACUUUACUGGAGAACAUGCAGAUGACCUCAGCCUGAGCUCAGGGGAGAUUGUGUACCUGCUGGAAAAGGUAGACAAUGAGUGGUACAGAGGGAAAUGUCAUGGAAACACCGGCAUAUUUCCUGUCAAUCAUGUCAGAAUAAAGGUUGAUAUUCCAGAGAAAGUGAAUCCGAAGAGAAACUCUUCAGCAUCUACUAUAAAGGGCCCGCGAUGUGUGGCACGUUUUGAAUAUAUAGGUGAUCAGAAAGACGAGCUGAGCUUCAGCGAAGGUGACACAAUCAUCCUGAGAGAAUACAUUAACGAUGAAUGGGUUAAAGGGGAGCUGAAAGGGCGCAUUGGGAUCUUUCCAGUCAAUUAUGUGGAAGUUUUGGAAGACUUGGCAAACAAGACUACAGAUUCUCUGGAUUCACAGAAGAAUAAAUUGUCUGGAUCAUCGGCACAGCAGAGCCGACUGUCUGGGGAAUGGGGUGAAGCACUGUAUGACUUUGCUGCAGAGGCAGAAGAUGACCUGCCCUUUAGAAAAGGAGACAAGAUCCUGAUUGUAGAACGCCUGGACCUGGAGUGGUACAAAGGGCGACUGAAUGGCAGAGAAGGGAUUCUGCCAUCUGCGUUUGUACAGCUCUGCUCAGGACCAAUGGCACGGCCAUCUCAGGGAGGAAAGCCAGCCAAGGCCAGGGCACUGUAUGACUUCUGCGGGGAGAACGAGGAUGAACUAUCAUUUAAGGCUGGCGAUAUGAUCUCUGCACUGGAGUCGGUUGAUAAUGAAUGGAUGAGCGGAGAGCUCCAUGGAAGAACGGGAAUAUUUCCAAAGAACUUUAUUCAGAGAUGUUAACAGUAUGCAGCGGACAUUGCAUUGUACCCUCUCACAAACAGACUAUCACCUUUGGUGCCAACUGAACUUUUUAUAUGAAUUGUGUGAGAUUUUUGCACUACGUAUUUUGUUUUGUUUUCAUUUUCUUUUAAUUUUAGAAAAGAAAAUGUUUUGUUCUGGUUUCUGUGUGCGCUGUUUACCUGCUUGUUCUGUAUGAAUAUAUCAAGUCCAGUCAGAGAUGGCAAAUACAUAUCACAGGCCAUGUAGCAAUGUAAAGGGCUUAAAGAAGAAUGUCCUUUAUCAAAUUCACCAAUAAAUCCUGACUUCUGAUCUACCUUGCAAUGUCCCUACAGAAGAGGGACACAAGUGUCUGGAAGCCAGCACGGUCUGUGUUAUUCAUGACCAGCCUGGGAGCACGCUAUGUGUAAUGUGCUGUAUGUUAUUGUACUUUCUUAUUGCGGAUAUUAUUUUGUCUUACAGUGGCCAGGCUAGCCAAAUGCAUUCCAUGAAAGGAUACUAGGGUUCCACAGGUUGCUUUAGGGUUUGUAGUAGCUGCAAUCCAUUUAGUGCCUAUGUACAUUACAGGGACAUGUCAUGGUAAUGUCCCUUCAUCUCCUUAUCACUAUAUAUUGUUUUCUGUGAUUACUUAAAAGUUGUCAUUGUUUACCCAUUCUUGUAUACAGGACUGUUUCCCUAACAAACUUUUGUUUAAGCUGUCCAUUUUCCUGCAAAUGCUGUACUCAUCAGGGCAGACAUCCUUCCUAAGAGCCAGCAGCGCUAUCCUUCUCAACCCUUGUGUGGAACAAGUCACUAACCUUGAGAAGUAGGAGUAAGUUACAGUUGGUUGACACUUGCAAUAAUGCAAAGAUCUAGAUAUUUUCUGCCUUGAGGUGAUGUCAGAGUCACGUUAUGUGUGACACAAUACUCUGAUGGUCAAAAACAACUUUACUCCUAAGGGAACAGCCUGGCCAUACUGAGGACUAGUGUACAAGCAGGGAUGUUGUAUGUUACCCAUACAUAUAUCCAGCACUCAUCUCUGCAGACAGACUGUUGACCAAUGUAUUCAAACCUCCAAUAGCUUGAAUAAAUAGCACUCCUUGCAAAAGUACACUGCAAUACUCGUACUUCCGGCAUGACCACAGUGCAGUAUUGGUACAUAUAUUGCUAUUGGAUGACGUUUUUGUUUUGGGGGUUUUUCUUUGUUAAAAAUCAUGUUUCACAGUAAUUUACGUUUGGGGAUUGCAUUUGUCAGGCUUUGAUAUGACCACAUAAGCUCAUUGCCCGCUAAGCUUUGAAACAAGUGUACAUAAAUAAAUAACCCAAAAGGUGGCAAAACAGCCUCAAGUAUCAAGUGGAAAAAGUUGCACUUUACAAAUAAGUGCAUUAAUGAACUUUGAAGGUCCAUAUACAGGGUAGAUUUAAUGGAUUUUAAUCAAAUCAUUCCGUUAGGCACUGUAUAAAAUACUACUUUUUAUGACGACUGUACCCCUUUUUUCUAUGCUAAAACAUUCAAUAUGUAAAAUAGAAACAGACGUGAAGUGUCCUAGUCAGACGUGGUGAGUGUAUGGGGUGGCACUGGAGACCCCGCUUCACAACUGAAUGUCUCCCUUUUACUUUCAUUGUAAAUUCAUGGGCUCUGAUUGAAACUCUGAAUGAACUUAGUUUCCUCUUUCCUAUUGCAGUUUUCUGCAUCUUUUUAUUAUGCGAGGAUAAAACAGUAGAUGCAUCGAUUGCCUAAAUCCGCAACGUGUGUCUUAUCUUCUGUCAUAUAAACAGCAAUGCACUUUAAGGAUCUUGACUGCUUUCCCAAGACUCUGAUAUUGUAAACUUGUAGAGGUGAGAAGUGUAAUAUGCCUUUCAUAAUGGCCUACUGAACACGAGAGGAGGGUAUCACAAGGGGAUCAUUUGUCUAGAAUCUUUCAUUGGGCAAGUAUGCAUUACUGGAACGCUACAUAAUAAAAGAAAAUAAUUUAUAAUA